CCAAAAAGGUAUAAAUAAAUACGACAUGCUAGCUACCCCUACCUCUUACAUACAAAACGCACCGUUUUUUCCUUUCGUACCAUUUCCCCCAAGAACACCAAACCGUCUUCUUACAGUCGAAGCUCUGAAGUGGCAAACAUCUGAAAAUUUCAAUAUCAUUAUCAAAAUCAACAUUAAGAAAUUGUAUCAAAUAUUAUCAUCGGGGGAAAAAGAAAUAAACACGGAGAGAGAGAAAUGAGAGAAGCCGAUUUUGGAAGAUUAUUAUUACUACUAUUGCUAAUUCUCUGUUACUUUACUCAAUUAAUUUCAUCCACUGUCGUUUUAAAACCCUACUUCUUCUCCUUCCCUGACCUCCCCGCGAAAUCCGCUGCUGGUCUGAAUAAGUCAGGUAUAUGUGGAGCGUUACACGUGGCAAAUCCAUUGGAUGCGUGUAGCUGGAUACGCAAUAAUGGUUUUGAGAUGAAUGAAACAGAGAAAGGAGUGGUGAGAUUUGCUUUAAUUGAAAGAGGUGGAUGUUCUUUCGAGGAUAAAAUUCGAAAUGUUCAAAAUGGUGGAUUUACUGCUGCUAUUGUUUUUGAUGAUAGAGAUAAGAGGAAUUUGGUUUACAUGAUGAUGAACCCUGAGGGCAUCAAGGUGCAUGCUGUUUUUGUUUCAAAGAUAGCUGGUGAAAUCUUAAAGGAGCAUGCUCGAGGGGAAGAAGGCGAAUGUUGCAUUUACCCGUCUCAUAGUGAUACAGCUUGGACUGUUCUAGCAAUAUCAUUUCUCUCCCUGCUUCUUAUAUUAGCUUUCAUCAUGAUAGCCUUCAUCUUGCCCAGACACUGGCUAUAUUGGCAGGGAACAAAUUUUCAUUGCAAUAGUGUGGGUGUAAGGAUGCUGGAAGGGUUUCCACGAUUUACAUUCCCCUCUGCUCAUUUGAAUCGCAGCCAUAGUGGAGAAACGUGUGCUAUUUGCCUUGAGGAUUACAAAGAGGGGGAAACUCUUAAAGUUCUCCCUUGCCAACAUGAAUUUCAUGCAAGCUGUGUAGAUUCAUGGCUGACUAAAUGGGGGACAUUCUGCCCAGUGUGCAAGUUCGAUAUGAAAACCAAAUGUAUAUUUUCUGAGAUCAAGAGGGGAAUCUGGCUUCAGAAUCAAUGAAUCCAGCAGGUGGUUUGACUAGCUUUUUAAUCAGGCCUUCUGUUUAUCAGGGAUUUCAACUGAACUGCAUUUUACGUUUGUCUUUGAUCCCAUGUAUCUGUGAAGUUUUAACUGGACAUGUGAGGCUCACUGCUGCUGCUGGUGGUGCAUAUUUUGUCAUUCACAGCAAACUUACUGUAGGUGUUGUGCCAUUGAAGCUCCUCCACUGCUUCAAGCUUAAAUAUGUUGAAAUAAAAAAUUGCAUAUAUUGUUUCCAUUGAUGUUUAGUGGCGUGAUCCAGAUAUGAGUAUCGGAAAUAUCAGUUGUAUAUACGAUUACAUGUACAGAUUCCACUUGUAAGCAUUGUAUUAAUCAUCAUGUACUAUAGUUACAUUAGGAUGUUAUUUUUUUGCAAUUCUGCAUUUAUGGAUUGCCCGAGUGCUGGUUGUGAUACAUUGGAAGAUUAUUUGUUUAAUCUCUUCAAAAAGUGAAACUCAUUGAAUGCAGCAGAA